AGCCACAGACAGCUCAUGUGGGGGAUGCGGGGAUGGCUCCUUGUUGCUGCGUGCACCCCCAGAGGAGGCAUGGGGGGCAUUUGUGCCUCAGAUUCAUGCGUAGGGCAAGGGCACGCUGUCUACUGCGGGCUUGGGACCAGGGGCUGCACCAGCCUCUUCUGAGAAGUAGGUCUGGGCUGAGACUGCUUGGGGUGGGCCAAGUAGCAACAGUACUGGAAGUGGGGGCUACAGGGGCCACUCCCCCUCUCCCACACAGACUUACUGGCAGGACACUGCUCUCUAGGCUGCAGGACUGAAUGUUGGCUAUCAGAUUGGUAUUGGCUGAUAUGGCUGGAUAAUAAUUGGCCAUUGGUAUUGGCCAAAACAAAUCUUUAUUGGUGCACCCAUAGUACACACUUUGGUUAGUCUAUAAAGUACAAGUUUACCCUGCCUUCUACUUGACUUAAAUAGUAGGCAACCAAGUGUCUUAGCCUCUGAUGAAGCGAACUUUAGCUUAGGAAAGCUUGUGUUAUAUCAAUAUAGCUACCCCCCCACACACACACACUACCUCCCUCCUUGAAUUCAGACUAACAUGGUUACCUAUAUUUUUGCCCAUGGGGGAAAUGCAGACUUUCUAUAUCGGUGUUUCUCAGCUUCUUAAGACUUAAAGCCCCCUUCACUAGAUUUGAGGCACCCCAUCAGAAAACUCUAGCUCUUCACUCAUUUUUUGACCAAAGAAAAACAGAGUAGUUCUGUUGCAAAGAACUCAAAAACCACAACAGUGAUUUUUAAUACUGUGGAUUCCUAUGUGAAAUCUCUGGGUUUGUCCUGUGAACCAUGUUUGCAAAUCUAACAGUGCUAACACUUUAUGGCACCCUGGUGCACUCUUGAAAUGAUUUCAUGGCACCCCAAGGUGUCAUGUACCCUGGUUGAGAAUCUGUUCUAAACAGAAGUGUUGAGAAUCUGUUCUAAACAGAAGUGUUGAGAAUCAGGAGAAAGGCUUAUUAUGCAUCUGUGACUUAGUUAAUCUCUAAGGUGCAAAUCUACCUUGAUUCUGGAAAACAAAUGUGCUGCCAUCGAGUUCUGCACAUGCUCUGCCUGUUUAGUCUUGCAAUGUCAUUACUUUUACCCUUUUCCUCCCUUGCGGUACCUGGGCUGGCUUCUGUGGAUACAUUGGAAAGCAUUACUUUUGAUUGUAAUAAUUAAGAUUCUUCUCAUAGUUCCAGGUAUGAAUGAUUUGUCUCUUGACAGGUGCGCUCGAGCAAUAUGUCAGUUGUCUAGAACUGGUAAACAAGAGGCUGCCUUAUGGGCUUGCUCAGGUUGGAGUUUGCUUUCAUUGUGAACCAGAUUCUGAGAAUCCAGAUGAGAGCAUCACAAGGCGAAAGGACAAUGUCUUCCCUUGUGUGGUUUAGCUCCGCCAGAACUAUAGGACAGUGGCUUGAUUAUUGGUUACGCCAGAGGCUCCAGUGGUGGAGAAAGUUUGCAAUAGGUCCAUCUAACUUCACCAGCAGCGACUUUCAGGAUGAAGAGGGAAGAAGAGGAGUUAACUUGUACUACGGCUUUCCUUGGGGAAAGGAAUUGAUAGAGAGGUUGCAGAAUCUGGGAGAUAAAGAAUUGCUACAAAUGUAUCCGGGGGAUAGCUCAAAAUUACAUGCCCGAGAUGGAAGGAAGACUGUUGUUCCUCAUGUGCUCUCUGUGACUGGCAAUCUGGACCAAGGAGUGUUAGCAUAUCUCUGUGAUUCCUUGCAGUUGGCUGAGAGUUCUUUAGGCAAGAAAACUUCACAAAGACAGGUGCUUAAGCUUCACCCUUGCUUAACGCCAAUCAAAGUGGCUGUGGACAUGGGAAGAGGCCCAGCAAUGGAUCUGAGACAGGUUUGUCAGGGACUAUUCACCGAAUUGAUAGAAAAUGGAAUUUCUGUGUGGCCUGGAUAUCUUGAAACCAUGCAGACAUCUUUGGAACAACUUUACACAAAGUAUGAUGAGAUGAGCAUCCUCUUCACAAUCUUGAUCACUGAUGCUACUCUGGAAAACGGAAUAGUCCAGUUGAGAAGCAGAGACACCACCAUGAAAGAAAUGAUGCACAUUUCUAAACUGAGGGACUUUUUAACCAAGUACAUUACAGCAGCUAAAAAUGCUUAAAUUAGAAUCUCUCUAAUAAAAGGGUUUGGGUUCUUCCCCGCA